CUUUCCCCCACACCACAGUUUACUCUAUCUGCGGCUGGUCUCAAGAGCCACAGAGAGGAAGGGGGUGUGGCCAACCUUGUGAGACUUCAUUUACUUUUACUCUCAGAGGCUGCUAGGGACCCUGAAGAGCGAACACACGCACGCACACCCGAGGACACAGGUCCCACUGAGACGUGACACCAUGAAUAUCCACUGCCCGUGGCUCCUCCUGACUCUAGGACAAGUGGCUUUGUUUGACUCAUGGACUGUUCACCAUCCCCAAACCAUCUUCGCCUGGGAGGGAGCCUGCGUCUGGAUUCCUUGCCAGUACAAAAGGCUAAAUAGACAAGUCAACCAGGUCCACAAACUUGAGAAGGUCCUCCUGUAUCAGAAUUACACCUUUGACAAUAAUAGCAAGGACUUCAAGGGGAUUGUCCUCUAUAAUGACACCAAGAUGGAAUCAUCUCCUUCUAAGCAUGGAAGGGUGACAUUCCAUGGAGACAGGAAAGACAACUGUACCCUGGAAAUCCACCCGAUACACGCCAAUGACAGUGGACAGCUGGGGUUGAGGAUGGUAUGGGGUGAAGACAAAUGGAUGGAGCACGUGUCCCUCAACAUCUCCGCGACGCCCUUCCCACCUUACAUCAUGGUGCCAACAGAAAUCCAGGCAUCCCAAAGUGUCACUCUGACCUGUAGACUGAAUUUUGCCUGCUUUGGGUACCCCGUUCACUUGGAGUGGUCCCUGAAAAAGCCUGAAACCACCACCACCUCUACCACUACCACUGUUAAGAAUGUCUACACAGAGAGCAAUCUCACCUUCCACCCAGAGUGGAUGGACCACGGAAAGAACGUGACGUGCCAAGUCCUGCACUCCACCCAAGUGCUCUCUGAGAACACAGUGCGUCUGGAUGUUAAACACAUCCCGCAGCUCACGAUCGAGGCCAGUUCCAGAGAAGUCAGGACGGGUGACUCUGUGACCAUGAUAUGCCGGGUUACCAGCAGCAACCCAGACUACAGUAAGGUGUCCUGGGUCAAGGAUGGACACCCCCUGCAGGAACAGGAACUCACACUAACCCUGAAUAAUGUGACCAAGGACAAGAGUGGGAAAUACCGCUGCAGGGCUUUCAAUGACUUGGGUCUGGGACAGUCGGAAGAGGUGGCCCUCACAGUGCUGUUUGUUCCAGAACCCUCCAAGGUUCACAUCUACCACCCGCCUGCUGUAGAGGGACAGUCAGUCGAGCUGAUUUGUGAGUCCCUGGCCAGCCCAAGAGCAACAAACUAUACCUGGUACCAUGACAAAAAGGAAGUGCCUGGAGAGACACAAGAGAAACUCCGGAUCCCUGAAGUCUCCCUGAGGCAUGCUGGGAUUUACUCUUGCCUGGCAGAGAACCUCCUGGGUCCUGGACUGAAGGGUGAAGAAGCUGAGCUGGAUGUCCAGUAUGCCCCCAAGCUGGUGACCACGGUGAUUGAAAAUGACACACCAAUUCGGGAAGGAGACAGCGUGACCCUGGCCUGUAGGUACAACUCGAGCAACCCUAAAGUCACCUCCUACCUCUGGAGCCAUUUAGAUUCUGGGAGUCAGAUCACAUCCGGAGUGCUGAGGAUUGAGAAAGUUCCGUGGGACUUCAAGUCCGUCAGCUGCGCUGCCUGUAACCACUGGUGCUCGUGGGCCUCCCCCGUCAGCCUGAAUGUCCACUAUGCUCCCAGAGACGUGAAGAUCCGGAAGUCGAACCCCUGGAUAUCUGAGAUCCAUGCUGGGCAGUACGUUCACCUCUGGUGCUCCUCCUCUGGGAGCCACCCCGCAGAGGUCCGCUACCUCUGGAAGAAGAAUGGGAGAUUUGUGCAGGAAGGGAGGGACCUGAAUUUCAGCUCCAUCUCUCCAGAAGAUUCGGGAAGUUAUAAAUGCAUGGCCAACAACUCCAUUGGAGAGACCCUGUCUGAGUCCUGGGACCUACGCGUGCUGUAUGCUCCUCGGAGGCUGCGCGUGUCCAUUAGCCCUGGGGACAGCGUAAUGGAAGGGAAGAUGGCCACUUUGUCCUGUGUGAGUGAUGCCAAUCCACCCAUCUUGAACUAUGUCUGGUAUGACUCCAGCAACAGACCCAUGUCCUUCUCGGGCCAGAAGCUGACGCUGGAACCGCUGAAGGUCCAACACACCGGCUCUUACCGCUGCCUAGGGAGAAACCGGCUAGGCGAAAGCGAGUCCCCGCCCAGUACCCUCACCGUCUACUACAGCCCAGAGACCAUCGGCAAGCGGGCUGCCUUGGGACUAGGGUUCUGCCUGGCUAUCUGCAUCCUGGCUAUCUGGGGGAUGAAACUCCAUAAAAAGUGGAAAGGUAAUCAGAGCCAGCAGGGGUUCCAGGAAAAUUCCAGCGGCCAGAGCUUUUUUGUAAGGAAUAAGAAGACUCGUAGGAACCCUCUCUCAGAAGACCCCCAACCCCAGGGAUGCCACAAUCCUAUGAUGGAUGACAAUGUCAGUUAUGCCAUCUUGCGCUUUCCAGAGACAGACACACCCAGAGCCGGGGAUGCAAGGACCUCAGCCACACUGGGUCCUCCAAACAUCGACGACACAGUCACUUACUCAGUGAUACAGAAGCGUCACGUGGAUGACUAUGAGAAUGUGACCCCAAGCUGCCCCGAGGACGACAGCAUCCACUACUCAGAACUGGUUCAGUUUGGGGCUGGGAAGCGGCCUGAGGCAAAGGAAGAGGUAGAAUAUGUGACCCUCAAGCACUGAUGUUGGAAGUAGCUGCAACGGAAGGUUCUGGAGCCCAAGGAAGACCUUCACUGGCCUCUGCGGCUCAGCUGCUAAGUCACCUGUAACUUCUAAGGCAGCUCCCUGGGCACAGACAUGGGUGUGAUGUCCACACAAUCAUGGGAAGACCUUGUGUCUGGCCUGAGGCAGUCUUGUCGUCACCCUACACCACACAAUGUCCCCUUCUCCAAGCCCAGCCAUCUGCCACCAUCCACCUCAUCGUGAGACUUCACUUCAACUGGAUGUGUUCCUGCUGUGGUCAGCUGGGAUUGUCACUGUUAUUUCUUUUUCUCUAUCCCCUUGAGUCGCCACCCCCCACUCACCAAUCUUCUUACCCAAUGUCUGGCCCUGGACAGAAAUCCCCAGGAAGGGCAGAACUAAGGAAGCAAGAGACGCUGGCUUUUCUCCUACAAAUACAUUUACCAGUAAGUCAGGCCUUCUGGGGAUGGUGCCUUCCCUCAGGAGUCCUGGGCACCAAGAGGCAGGAUGACAUGGACAGGUACAUAAUCCACCAAACGCUUCAUAAUAAAAAUGGCUCACGUGCCACAUAAACUAUUUCCCUUU